AUGGACAAUAAUAAUAAGAAAUCAAUUAUUAUAAGUUUAGAUAAUGAACAAUUAUCUUUUUUACAUACGAAUAAACAAAAAAUAUGUAUUGUUAGAAAUUUAAUGGACAAGACUAUGGGUAAUACUAUUUGGGCUGCAUUUCAACCAUUCCAACAUAAUGUAAUCGAGUGGAAAGACCAAUCAUUUGGCCUGUUUGCUUCCUCUGAACUACACAAUGUGGCGUCAAGACCAAAAGGACCAAUUCCAAAGGACUGUGUAGAAGAUACUGCCUAUAGUCACUUACUGUACACUUUUAAUCAAGGCGCCUUUACAAGAUCAUUCUUGACACAAGAUCCAAAGGAAACACAAAGACUCAAUAAUCCAUCGUCACCCAAAACCUAUACCAUUGUCAACAAGAGUGGUGGUUUAGAAACAUUUGGACUAUUCCAAACUUUUGAAGUAUCCAUUAACAACAAACGAUUCGAACGUGUCCAGUUGGAUGCUCAAACUGUCGGUAAUGAAGAAACCAUCAAAUUCCAAGUUCAACCACUCCCAACAUUCUUUAUCUUUAUCGGUCCUGAUACCAUUCAAGCUGGUGAUCAUAUCCCUACACUCCCAAGUGAUGGCAGUCAUUCCCCUUUUAAACUAUCAUUUGAUACUUCCCAUACCCAAUCAAAAAAAGUAUCAUAUGAUUCAAAUACAAAAGAAUUUUAUUUAUCCUAA